AUGCGUGAAAUAGCUCACCUUCAGGCUGGCCAGUGUGGCAAUCAAAUCGGUGCUAAGUUUUGGGAGGUAAUAUCCGACGAACAUGGAAUCGAUCCUACGGGAACUUAUCACGGUGACUCGGAUCUCCAAUUGGAACGUAUAAACGUUUAUUACAACGAAGCGACCGGAGGAAAAUAUGUUCCAAGGGCCAUACUGGUCGAUCUGGAACCUGGUACAAUGGAUGCGGUACGAUCGGGACCAUUCGGUCAAAUAUUUCGACCGGACAAUUUUGUCUUUGGACAAAGUGGUGCUGGUAACAAUUGGGCAAAAGGACAUUACACGGAAGGCGCAGAACUGGUUGAUUCCGUCCUCGAUGUCGUCCGCAAGGAAGCUGAAAGUUGCGAUUGUCUUCAGGGUUUCCAAUUGACCCACUCGCUCGGUGGUGGUACCGGUGCUGGAAUGGGCACCUUACUCAUUUCCAAAAUUCGAGAAGAAUAUCCGGAUAGGAUCAUGAUGACUUUUAGCGUUGUACCAUCUCCAAAGGUGUCCGACACAGUCGUCGAACCAUACAAUUGCACCCUUUCGGUACAUCAACUUGUUGAGAACACGGACGAGUCCUAUUGUAUAGAUAACGAAGCGCUCUACGAUAUUUGCUUCAGGACCCUUAAAUUAAGUACACCUACUUACGGAGAUUUGAAUCAUUUGGUCAGCGCAACUUUGAGCGGUGUAACGACCUGCCUAAGGUUUCCUGGCCAAUUAAAUGCAGAUUUAAGAAAACUAGCCGUCAAUAUGGUACCUUUCCCACGAUUACAUUUCUUCAUUCCUGGUUUCGCGCCUUUAACUUCUAGAGGAUCUCAACAGUACAGAGCAUUAACUGUCCCGGAAUUAACACAACAGAUGUUCGAUGCAAAAAACAUGAUGGCUGCUUGUGACCCUCGACACGGACGUUAUCUCACCGUUGCCGCUGUAUUCCGUGGAAGAAUGUCGAUGAAAGAGGUGGACGAACAGAUGUUGAACAUUCAAAAUAAAAACAGUAGCUAUUUCGUCGAGUGGAUACCAAGCAACGUUAAAACAGCUGUCUGUGAUAUACCACCACGAGGUCUUAAAAUGUCAGCGACUUUUAUCGGAAAUUCUACGGCCAUACAGGAACUUUUCAAAAGAGUUUCUGAACAAUUCACGGCCAUGUUCAGGCGCAAAGCUUUUCUCCAUUGGUACACAGGCGAAGGAAUGGACGAGAUGGAGUUUACAGAAGCCGAAAGUAACAUGAACGACUUGGUGUCGGAGUAUCAACAAUAUCAAGAGGCAACGGCCGAAGAAGAAGGCGAAUUCGACGAAGAGGAGGAGGGCGAAGGCGCUGACAAUUGAUUCUUGUUUUUCGUUUUCCUCUCCACCCCACGCCCGCCCUUAGAUCCUCAUGCUUCUCCUCCUCCUUCCCUCGAUCUCGAUCGUAUCUCAAUUAUCGGUCGUUUUUAGCCACAUGUAUAAUACUUGAAACGAGUACAGUGUGUCUGUCGUUUAUCAAAAGUUCUAUUAAAGAAUGCAAUGAAAAAAAACUGUAUAGAAUAAAUAA